AUGAGUGAAACAUUAAGAAUAUUAAAAAAACAAUCUAAAAAAAGAAGAAAAAUGAUUGCAAAAAUACUAGGUUUCUCAGAUGUACAACAGCUGAGACAAGCAUUAAAUCCUUAUAGGAAGAAAAAAAUUCAAAUGCGUUCAAUAAAAAAAUAUAAUGAUGGAGCAAGAUAUCUAGAACCAAUUUUUGGAGAUUCAACACCGUUUCGUAAAGGUGCCAAUUCGUAUUACAUGCACAAUGAUUAUUGUCAGCAUUUUAUUGAUACUGGUCAGCGUCCGCAAAAUUUUAUCAGAGAUGUUCACUUAAACAGCAGAUUUAACGAAAUUCCUAAGUUAAAGGAGUUAGUUCAUCUAAAGGAUAAACUUGUAUCUCAAACUGCUUUUCCGCCAAUGUUUCUGAAGUGUAAUCUUAGCACAUUUAAUUUAAAAAAUUUAAAUGUUGAAUUUGAUGUGAUACUUGUUGAACCACCUUUAGAAGAAUAUCAACAAACAUUAGGUAUAACCAAAAAAGAUCUGUGGAAUUGGAAACAAGUAAUGGAUUUGAAAUUGAAUGAAAUAGCUGCUCGCCGGAGUUUUAUUUUUCUUUGGUGUGGUUCAUCUGAUGGUCUAGAUAAUGGUCGUGAAUGUUUACGUCACUGGGGUUUUAGGCGUUGUGAAGAUAUUUGUUGGAUUCAAACAAAUAUUAAAAAAACUAACCAUUCGCAAUGUUUAGAACCAAAUGCUCUUUUUCAACGUACCAAGGAACAUUGCUUAAUGGGCAUCAAAGGGACGGUUCGUCGAUCUACAGACAAUGACUUUAUUCACUCAAACGUUGAUACUGAUUUAAUAAUUAGUGAAAAGAAUGAGUUUGGUUCAACAGGAAAACCAGCAGAAAUAUUCAAUAUUAUAGAACACUUUUGUCUCGGUAGAAGAAGACUACAUUUGUUUGGUUGUGAUGGAAGUGUACGUCCAGGAUGGCUAACUCUGGGACAAGAAUUGACUAUAUCUAAUUUCAACAUUGAUUUAUAUAAAAGUUAUUUCAUGAAUGGUAAACUAACAACUGGAUGUACGGAUCGUAUUGAAGAAUUAAGACCAAAAUCUCCUCCUACAUUUAAUAAACGCUGAAAUAAAUGAGAGAAGUUAUUACUUUUAAGUUUAGAGAAUAAAGGUAUUAGAAUAUUAUAACUAUUAUUGAUUUAAUAUGAAUAAUC